AUGUCUGCUCUAACAACCCUGCAAACCAUGCCCCGCGACAAGCUCCUCCUCAUCCUCGCAUCAGCAGCCGGUCUCGUGUCCAUCCUGUCUCUCAUCCGAUCCAUGAUGACAAAAUUCGCAAAUAUUAAGAAAUUGUCGACGCUCAAGACGCCUGAAAAGGAAUCCUUCUUUUUCGGAUCCCUCGGGAAUCUGCUGGAUACCAAGCUCGGUGUUGAGAGGAACUCUAGGCCGGAUUUCAAAACCGGAGGCCCGAUUGGGAAUCUGGCGUAUACGCUGGGCGGAUCGUAUGUGCUGUGGAUGUGGGGCAAGAUGAUGCCGUUUGGAAGCAGUAUGGUGGUUGCAAGUGACCCGCAGUUUAUUGAAGAGUUGUUGAGUGCAAAAGUUAUGGAUGAUAUGGUUAAAGGGAGGAGUUAUGAUAUUACUGCUGAUCUUAUUGGAAAGGGUAUCCUAUCCAACACUGGCGAAUCUUGGAAACACAACCGCCGUCUCGUCGAACUAGGCUUCCGUCUCGAGAACCUGCGUUUCAGUGCCAAACGCAUCAACACAGUCCUCGACCGUCUCAUCACACGCUGGAAAUCCGACGCCACGACCUUCCAAAACCAAGAAUUCGACCUCCGUUCCGAAAUGCUACGAACCACAAUGGACGUUAUAUGCCAAGUCGGUUUCGGACGCGACUACGAGUCUCCUGAAGAAGCGGCCAAGAUCUCAUCCCCCAAUAAUGAGUCCCUCUGGCUGGUUUUCCAGAAUAUACUUGAUGACAUAGCUCUUCGGGCACGUCAGAGGCUCAUCCCUUGGUAUCAAAUCUGGCCAAACUUUGGAUAUGCGGCACGUAUGAAGUGUCUUAAUACAGCCGUGUCGGCCAUGAUUGAUGAUCGGUUGGCUGCAAUACGGGAUGGCAGCAUCAAGAAGGAUUUGGAGGCCAAGAAUAACGGGACGCUGCUUAAUGCUAUUGUGGAUUUGGAUGAAAGCGGGAAGAUGAUUAUGAGUAAGAAGCAGAUGAUGGAUGAGAUCAAGACCUUGUUGUUUGCUGGACAUGAUACUACCGGAUCUGCUGGGUCAUGGGCAUUCCAAGUCAUUGCGACAAACGCCGAAGUUCGUGGCAAACUGCUGGCGGAAAUCAAGUCAUAUGUUGGUGAAAGGAGACCAAGUAUGGAGGACGUUGAUCGGAUGCCAUAUCUUAACGCUUUUCUUAAAGAGAUUUUGAGAAUGUACCCUUCCGCCGGUUUCACACGCAAAGUAGUCCACGAUGUAACCUUGAACGGUCACAUAAUUCCAGCCGGUGUGGAAAUCAUGGUCCUGCCCAACAUUAUUCAGAACGACCCCAAAUAUUUCGGCAGCGACGCCAAUGUUUUCAGACCUGAACGCUUCCUUGAUCUUGAUGAGGUUCCCCGCGGCUACCUCCCAUUCUCACUGGGUCCCCGUAACUGUGUCGGUAUGAAGCUCGCUCAACUCGAACUGCGUCUGGUCGUGGUUCGUCUUUUGCAAGAGUUUGAGUUUAUCUAUGGAGAUAAGCCUGCACCGCCUGUCCUUUUAACCAUGACUCUAUCUCCAAGUGAGAUGCAAAUGAGAGUCAAGCCCAUCAGGGCGUAA